CUCCUGCCCACGGAUCUCCUUCCCUCCUCUCAGCCCUCACACCCAACCGACCACCUGCGGCGGCCACGACCUACGGUGUCCGACGGCGACACGCAGCGACCGACGGCGAUUCACGGAGACCGGCGACGGCGUGAGCUUCAUCUACAGCGACCAGCGUUGAUUUUGCAGCAGGUCCAGGCGUCCAGCAGUAACAGUUGCGGCAGUAAUAGGUCCGGCGACCGACUUGCAACGGUGCCCGGCGAUUUUGCAGCGGCGGGCGGGGGUUUCUAGCGGCAGUAACAGUUGCAGCAGCACUUGCAGCGGUAAUCACCUGCGACCUAGCCCGAGCCCACCGGCGGCGAUUUUUGCGAGUUUAACACCGUCACACCACCAUUACUGGCAGUGAAACCAUGAAGGAACUGAAGAAUUGAUUUAAACAGGUGUGGAUAAGCUUCUAUUUCAAGAAUUUGGAACAAUCUCUGGAUGUGAGCAUGGAUAUUUUUCAGGACUCUUGGAGUUCCAAGGAUGGUGAUAGUAAUGCAAUCCUCUUGGUGCAAAAGAAAAAGAAAAAAACAAAAUGUGCAAAACAGGGCCAGACAAAGAAAAAACCAAGCUUGAGCAAAUCUCAGAAAAGAAAGCUGAAGAAGUUGGAGGAGGAGAAGGAGAAAGCAACAUUGCUAUCUAAAAGCAUUGAAACCUUGGAGCAGUACAAGAUUAGAGAGGAUGCAUAUUCACUUCUGCGGUCUUCAGGGAAUAUUGGUCAGGCUGAGACUAUGCGGCAAAAACGCUUAAGGGCUAUUCAAUUUUCUAAAGUUGGUUUAGAAGUGCCACAAGAUGAUCCACCCUUAAAGAGAAGGGGUAAUGAUGAGAAUUUCUGCCAAAAUCAGUCUGAUGUUGAUAAAAGCCACCACAAGCAGGAGUCUAGUAAGAGUGACUUUCAGCAACCAGUGCUGGUAGACAGGGCAGAAAGAAGGGGUAAUGAUAAGAAUUACUGCCAAAGUCAGUCUGCUAUUGAUAGAAUCCACCACAAGCAGGAGUCUAGCAAGAAUGACUUUCAGCAACUAGUGAUAGUAGGCAGGGAAAAUGUUACUUCUGGAUCUUUAGACACUUGGCAUGAACCAGCAUAUAGCAGUCAACAAGAUACUGAUAUUGGAUUUGAUGUUAUAGUUUCCAAGGAAUCUUCUGACAAGGACAAUUGGACAUGCAUCCAAUAUCAGGAAAAAUCUUUGCUUAUGUCAUCAAAUCAAGAUCAGAGGAAAAAUACGAAUUUACAGAAUAGGGAGGAUGGUAGUCCCAAAUCAGAUACCCCUAGUACUGGUGUCUUUGUUAAUUCUUCUGUAAGGAGACCUAUUGCUCCUAUAGUUGUACAUGUAUCAAGACCAAAAGAAGUUGACAUCAAGAGGAAGGAUCUUCCAAUAGUCAUGAUGGAGCAGGAGAUAAUGGAAGCUAUAAAUGAGCAUUCUGCUGUUAUCAUUUGUGGAGAGACUGGUUGUGGUAAAACUACUCAAAUUCCUCAGUUCCUUUAUGAAGCUGGCUUUGGCUCAAACAAGUCUCAAGCUAGGAAUGGAGUAAUUGGUGUUACACAACCACGCCGUAUUGCUGUCCUUGCUACUGCUAAGCGAGUGGCAUUUGAGCUAGGUCUUCAUCUAGGAAAGGAGGUUGGCUUUCAAGUUAGACAUGACAAGAGGAUUGGUGACAGUUGCUCCAUCAAGUUCAUGACAGAUGGAAUUUUGCUUCGAGAAGUGCAGAGUGAUUUCUUGUUGAGGCGAUAUUCUGUUAUCAUUCUGGAUGAGGCCCAUGAGAGGAGCUUGAAUACUGAUAUACUAAUUGGAAUGCUUUCCCGUAUUCUGCGAGUCCGUCAGAAGUUAUAUGAGGAACAGCAAGAGAAGAUUCUUUCAGGAGUGAGAAUUAGUCCAGAAAAUAUGGUUUCUCAGUUGAAACUCGUGCUUAUGAGUGCCACCUUGCGAGUUGAGGACUUUGUUUCAGGAAGGAGGUUAUUUUAUGAACCCCCACCAGUUAUGGAAGUUCCAACCAGACAAUUUCCUGUCACCAUUCACUUUUCAAAGAGAACAGACAUUGUGGACUACAUUGGCCAAGCUUAUAAGAAGGUAAUGGCAAUUCACAAGAGAUUGCCACCUGGUGGCAUACUGGUCUUUGUCACUGGGCAGAGGGAAGUUGAAUAUUUGUGCAGGAAGUUCCGUAAAGCUUCAAAAGAUCUUUGUGAGAAUACUGCCAAAAGAAAAACUGAGAGUGAGGUCAGUGCAGCCCCUGAAGCAGGCUCCAUUGAUCAGGAUCUUGAAUUGAUGGACAUCAAGGAAGCAUUUGAAAUUCAUGAUCAUUCAUCACACCAGCAAACCGAUAGGUUUAGCUUUUACGAUGACAAUCAUGGUGAUCUCAAUGAGAGUGAGUUAGAUUCUUCUUAUGAUUCAGGAACAGAAAGCGAACUGGAAUGUGAUGAUGAUGUUGGAGAUCCUCUUAAUAAUGAAACCUUUGAGAAAGAGGGCAACCACUCCAAUGUUCUAGAAGAAUCUGGGAGCCUUGCACCACUGAAGGCUGCUUUUGUGGCUUUGGCAAGUAAAAAUGCACCUAACCCUAAUUCUAAGGAAAUUCUUCCUGCAACUGCCACUACAGAAGAGUGUUCAAGUCAAUCCCCUCCUAUUUCAUGGAAGAAACAUAGGGAAGGAGGUGUAUGUCUUGGUGCAUUGCGCCCCUUACCUCUUUAUGCUAUGCUACCUGCAACAGCACAGCUUCGUGUAUUCGAGGAGGUUCCAGAGGGAGAGCGGCUUGUUGUGGUUGCUACCAAUGUGGCAGAAACGUCUUUGACCAUCCCUGGCAUCAAGUAUGUUGUUGACACUGGGAGAGAGAAGGUCAAGAACUACAACUCCUCCAAUGGUAUGGAAACAUAUGAGAUACAGUGGAUAAGCAAGGCAUCAGCUGCUCAACGUGCAGGAAGAGCUGGAAGAACUGGACCUGGGCACUGUUACCGCCUCUAUUCUUCAGCAGUUUUUAGUAACUUUUUUUCUGACUUCUCAACUGCUGAGAUAUGCAAACUACCUGUUGAUGGUGUUGUGCUUCUUAUGAAAUCCAUGGGUAUUGAUAAGGUUGUCAAUUUCCCAUUUCCAACUCCUCCUGAGGCCACUGCCUUGUUGGAAGCUGAGCGUUGCUUAAAAGCUCUUGAAGCACUUAAUGACCAAGGAAGACUGACACCCCUAGGCAAGGCUAUGGCACAUUACCCCAUGAGUCCUCGUCACUCACGCAUGCUCCUUACUGUUAUUCAAAUAAUGAGCAAAGUACAAAGUUAUGCCAGAGCAAAUCUUGUUUUGGGUUAUGCAGUUGCUGCAGCUGCAGCUUUGAGUUUGUCAAAUCCCUUUAUCAUGCAGUUUGAAGGGAGUCAGGGUAACAAAGCUGAUUUGAAUCAAGAUGAGAAAUCUGAUACCGCAGAUGGCCAGAAAAUUCCAGACAAGCAAGAGAAGCUGAGACAGAAGAGAAUGAAAGAAAUAGCUAAACUGGCUCGUGCAAAAUUUUCCAACCCAAGCAGUGAUGCUCUCACCAUAGCCUAUGCUUUACAGUUGUUUGAGCUUACAGGAAACCCUGCAGAAUUCUGCCAAAAUAAUGCACUCCACCUGAAAACCAUGGAGGAAAUGUCCAAGAUGAGAAAACAGCUACUUCAAUUGGUAUUUCAUCAAAGCUCUAUAGAUUCUUUUCAACAAGAUUUCUCAUGGAUUCAUGGAACUAUCGAGGAUGUAGAAAAGGCUUGGAGGGUUUCUGCUUACAAGCAUCCACUCUUAUUGAAUGAGGAGGAGAUCUUAGGCCAAGCUAUCUGUGCUGGCUGGGCAGAUAGAGUUGCCAAGCGCAUUAGAGUACUUUCAGGGUCAUCAGAUGGAGAUAUAAAAGCUAAUGCAGUUCGGUAUCAAGCAUGCGUGGUUAAAGAAACUGUGUUUCUCCAUCGUUGGUCAUCUGUUUCUCGAUCAGCCCCUGAGUUUCUGGUGUACAAUGAACUACUUCACACAAAACGGCCAUACAUGCAUGGAGUUACAGCCAUAAAAUCAGAUUGGCUCAUCAAAUAUGCUUGGUCUUUAUGCUAUUUCUCAGCCCCACUUACAGAUCCAAGACCUUUUUAUGACCCUUUGACUGAUCAAGUAUUAUGCUGGGUCAGUCCAACUUUUGGUCCUCAUUUAUGGCAGCUUCCAUUGCAUAGUUUGCCAAUCAAAACUGACAUGCACAGGCUGUCUGUAUUUGCUUAUGCUUUGCUUGAAGGCCAUGUGUUGCCAUGUUUAAGAUCUGUGCAGAAGUUCUUGGCAGCCCCAGCAAUUACCAUUUUGAGACCAGAGGCAUUAGGGCAAAGGCGGGUUGGAAAUCUUCUCAACAAAUUAAAAACCAGGUCAAGGGUUAUUGAUAGCCGUGCAAAGUUAAAGGAGAUCUGGAAUGACAAUCCUCGAGAAUUAUAUAUGGAGAUUCUGGACUGGUUUCAGGAGAGAUUUCAUAACCAAUUUAAAGAGCUUUGGGCACAAAUGCAUCAUGAGGUUCUUUUGGAGCCCCAGGAACUCUUUCCCAAAAGGGUCAAGAAAGAAAAGAGAAAAAAGUAGAUAGGAUACUCAGUCCAAGGUACACUGAAAAGGAACGAGUUUGAUUAUUUAUUGACAGAGCAAGCUGACCGAUGUUUCUUCCUUCUGACAUGCAUUGGAGGUGUAUUAGCUGCAUUUGAGGUAGUGUUGUACUCCCAUUAUGUGCAUUGUCAAACUCAACCACUGGAGUCUUCUAAAUAACUAUUUGUGCUUUCAAAUGGAGAAUUGCCUGGCUUAUAGUUCCUGGUAUAUGUCAUCACAAGGAUGCUGUUGAUACCAGACAGCAUCUUUUUAUAUUGUACACAAAAAUAGAUUGAUAUAGGUUAAUCAUAAUUGGGAUCUGGGUUUGAUUUUUUUUCUUGUUUUAUAUAAAUUAUGUUCUUUGGCAGGGCUGACAUGCUAGAUUGCCCAUUAUAUUUUUUACCCUAUCUUGACCUUGCCAACGAGGCAACAAUUUUGUGGUUCGACCUGCAAACAAAGCUAACCUGCUAGGAGAGUAAAGAAAGUGCUAUUGUUUUUGGGCAUGAAUUGCAAGUUCAUGGAGUUGUUUUGUUCCUUAUUUGAUUCAAAUUCCAGAGUGAUAUUAUCUCAUUUUUA